GCCCUCGGCAGUCUCAUUCCCUCAUAUGUGGACAACAUGCCCGGCAUUCCGAUGCUCAGCUGGCUGGGCUCGGGCGCCACCUACCGCUCCAUCAACGCCUUCCUCGACCAGCACAACCAGCACCUCUUCAUCAACACCACCAUUCGCCAGCUGAUCUACGGCUACAAGCUGGACCUGCUCGACACCGCAGAGUCCUACAGCAGCCUCCUGGGCAAGUUCGGCUUUGACAUUAUGCCCACGGAGCUGUUUCCCAACAACUCCUUUGGCAUUCUCAACGGGCGAAACGGGACGCCUGAUGGACCGUAUGAGAUGUACACUGGGCUGGGUGGAACGGGCGACCAGUUUGGCGUCUUCAAGACGUGGAAGGGAAAGAGCAAACUGGACAACUGGAAAGGCGACAGCUGCAACACACUGAACGGCACUGACGGCACCAUCUGGCCGGCGGGCGUCAACAAGCGCGACAAGCUAUACUUCUUUGUGCCCGACAUCUGCAG